CAACGAUGUGCUAUGUCACUAAUAACCUCAGACAAGCUGAUUGUCAUUUUACCUAUAAGCUGACAGUGUACACUACAUAUACCGGGAACAUAGGGGAAACACCAAAUUUAAAGGUUAUUUGCAAAGCUUUCAACAGUUUUUCUUUGUUUAAAAACAUUCUUUUUCGUUAACUGUGCUUAGCAGCCAAAAACCUAGUGUUUCUAAAGAAAAGCAGUUGAAGCUCUCAUCUAGACAGUGCGGAAGCUAAAAGGAGGUUUUAAUAGAAGUAACUACUGGACGAAAACAGUACAGACAGGGGACGACAUUUGCGAUUCCUUUUUUAUUUACUGGUUUUUCUUAAAUUUGUUCUCUUUACUAAGAAUAUAGCGAGAGGAGGGUGAAUUUCGUUAUUCUCUAUAGUGCACUACAUUAUAGGGUAAACGAGAAUUUCUGUAUAUUGUCAAGGAUUUUUGCGCAUUUUUUUCUUCAGCACAACCACAAUGCUGUAUGUGUCAAAAUUGCCGGUUGGGACUUCUAGUAGUGCUAUGCAUGCACUUUUUUCGUCCUACGGUAAAGUAAAAGAUGUUUGGAUGUUAUCGCCAGAUAAUUCUGCCAUUGUAAGCUAUGAGUCUUUGGGGUCAGCUAUAAUUGCUAGGGAUGCUUUACAUAAUCGCGCUGUCUUUGAAAACCAUGGACCUAUUCAAGUUAUUCUUGCUAGGCCAACAUCUAGUUUUGAGAACAGUAGCCCUGCUUCUUCAACAGUCUCUUAUGCCCAACCGAAAGAGCCAUUACUACGGUCACAUUCCACUGCAGCCGCUAGCUUUCUUUUGAAGAAUCGCCUUGAUUUAUUAGAAAUCGCCAAGCAGUUUGAAAUGAAAAUUAAUUUGGAGACGGUAGAUUUGAUGAUUGCCAGUGCCAUCGAAAAGAGUCAGGUUGCUACGGAAAUUCGUCCUUCUCUUGAAACUUUACGGUCUAGACAAUUUGAGGCCUCUAAGCUUCGAGAAAUUCGAAAGAACAUUGACAGCGGAUUCUACACACAAGAGGAAAUUGAAAUUAUUGCUACCAGCAUGCUUGAUGAUGUAGCUGAAUUGUCAAGUGAUUACCUUGGUAACACAGUAAUCCAAAAAUUUUUCGAGUACUGUUCUGAUCCUGUUAAGGAGGCUAUGCUCGAGCGCAUCGCUCCAUACCUGGCUGCUAUAGGUAUUCACAAGAAUGGUACAUGGGCUGCGCAAAAGAUUAUUGAUGUUGCAUCUACCGACCGUCAAAUGGACCUGAUUGUUACGCAUCUUCGUCCUUAUGCUGCAUUACUGUAUUUUGAUCAAUUUGGCAAUUAUGUGGCACAGUGCUGUUUACAUUUUAGAUACCCAAAUAACUGCUUUCUUUUUGAAACUAUGGCAAGGCAUUGUUGCGAAAUUGGACAGAGUCGUUUUGGCGCUAGAGCUAUCCGUGCCUGUUUGGAAAAUGAGCAUGCAACCUUUGAACAGCAAGCUCUUGUUGUUGCUGCUAUUAUUAUUAACUCUCAUUUGCUUGCCACUAAUACGAAUGGCAUGCUACUCCUUACUUGGCUAUUAGACAAUUCCUUCUUCAAGAAUAGACAUCGUCUCUUAGCUAUCCAUCUUGCAGCGUAUUUACAUACAACAUGCACCCAUAAGCUUGCUUCAACGCUCAUUUUUAAGUUAAUCAACAACAAACAGGAACCCGAGUCUCGGAAUCUGCUGCUCAAGAACAUCUUUUUCUCUGAAAAUGAUAGCGUCCUUACUUAUAUAUUACAGGAUCAGGCAGUGGGUCCUUCGUUUAUUCAUAAAGUAAUUACCUAUCCAUCGAUUGGUCAUGAGUACCUUACUCAAUUCCAUAUGGUAAUCAAGCGUGUUCUUAGUAAUUUGCAUGUGCAACCUACUCCUCUUUAUUACAGGUUGAUGGAAGAAGUUGGAAUGACGAGUAAAAGUUUAUCCCCUGCUUUAAGUGGUAUUUCUAUGGCUGCUCCCUCGUUAGAUAGUGCUUCUUCUAGAUUGACUCGGGACUUUAACUCACUUGCCUUGUCCCCCUCUAACAAUAUGUUGAAUGGCGUUCCUUCUCUCGAUGCAACUCCUGCUUAUGCAGCUUACCAGCCUGCUGCUACCCCGACAACGGGACUUGGUAACACCACUGCUGCGGCCAACAGAAAGUCCAAUUUGCUUCUUCAAACCCCACGUAACGAGAACGUGAAAUCUGCUUCAUCCGUCUUAGAUACGUCCUCUCUAGUGAACCCCACUUUGGCGAAGUCUGCAAGUCUUAGCGGCGGUUCUUUGUUGAACCCUGUUUCCCCUCUUCUGCGCCGCGAGGCUCCUGCCGGAAAGCUUACAAUGCCUGCAUACCCAUAUGCCUCUCCAUUUAUGAAUCCGGCCAUCGGCACUGAUUAUGGAUUACCCAGAGUUUCAACUAAGCUUCCCCAAGUUUUCCCAGGAACAUACCCUCGCCUUCAGCAAUCAUUGUUGCCUAGACAAGGUGAGCUUCGUUUUGAUUAGACUUUCGUUUGACGAUUACCUCUUAUGUUUUUGUGUAAAUACGAACAUGUUUAUGGUCUCUUCGUUUCGCCUUUCUUUACAUAAUUUACAAAACAUCAUUCUUUAUUCUAUAAUAUGGUUAAAAGUUUACUUGUGGGAUUUCAAAGGGAGGAUACUAAAUUAAUUUCUUUAAUUCUUUUCAUUUUUUGAGGAUGGUUUUGAGUCAUGCUGUGCUAGGGGUUAUUUAUGAUGCUUAAUUUGAGCAGGCAUGAUUUUUCAUUCACGAUUGCUCAAACAUUUCUAUCUAUUAUUAACUUGUCUUUUUUUUUCAAGUGUUGUAUGGAUUGUAAUCUAAAUAGAUUGCAAUUCAUGUAUGUUUUGCUAUGAAGGAGUUUUGGUGUUAUGUCUUUCUCUUAUGUCAAAAUGGCAAAUCAUCUGGCAUGUGGGUCUUUUUAGAUGCUGGAAAAUGAUAGUUCUAUCUUUUCUGUUCUAGCACUGUUUUGCCCUUACAGCAGAUGAUUUACAAAAAAAAAAAAAAUACUGAGCGUUAUAAAUAUAAAUAUAUACACAUACGGACUGUCGUUUAUUGUUUUUCUUGUUUGUGGGCGUUAUUACUUUUCCUAUUAUUGUUAAUACCCUAAUACCUUUAUUUCUUUUGCAUCUUGGAAUGUUUAGAAAGUAUAAAGUUUCUCUUGAGAACCAUUAUAUUGUUUUUUGUCGAAUAAGUCUGCUUUGUAUUGUCAAAUUAUGUACAAUACGCCGCCGCUUUAUUUGACGUGUUUAUAUUAAAUUUUUUUAUUAUCUUAUAAUCUUUACUGUUCUUUUCUGCGCGUUUAUUUUCGUUUUCUUACCCAUAAUAUCUUCGUUAACAUGACUGGUAUAUUUGGAAUUUAUUCAUUUGUAGCUAAAGAUAUAUUUCAUCGUCUUUUCGUUUCAAAUUUAUAAACUAAAAAUAGAGCAAACAGACAUUCAAGGAAAAGUGUCGGGGUUUUUUAAUGCGCUCUUUUGUAAUUCUUGGAUUUCUUUCUGUUUAUUUCUAAUUAAAAAUUUUCUAUUACUGUUAAUAAGUAACUAUGUUAAAUAAAAAUUCUUCACUUUGGUUCCUCUUGU